ACCCUGAGCCAUCACUACCAAACGCUCCACACGUUUCUUACCUUUUCCUUGCCAUUCUCGCAAUAUAUCAUCGCUGAUUCGAAAUACACAUAGUAGAAUAAACAAAACCCUUGUUCCGUCCGCCUCUCUCUCUCUCUCCCGGAAAAGUACACCGUUACGCAGGUCAACUGUGCCUGUCGCCGAUCACCUUUUUUGUUUCUCUCUCUGCACUUUCCUUUUUACUUUUUUUUUUGACGAUUUAACAACUACGAUUCGGAUUUAAGAUCGAUCGGCGAUUGAAGAACGAGCUACUGCUUCUCCUUCUUAUAAUCUUCCUAACUCAGAUCGGCAAGAAUGACAAACAUGUGGCGAAGAUGGCGUGGUCAGGACCAACACGAAAGCGAGCCCUUGGAUCAUGAGAAGAUGAUCAAAGACCUUAGAGCUGCUAUGGGACCGCUCUCUGGGCACGCCUUAAAGUUCUGUACCGAUGCAUGCCUAAGGAGGUACUUGGUAGCUCGAAACUGGAAUCUUGAGAAAGCCAAGAAGAUGUUGGAGGAGACGCUUGAAUGGAGAUCGAACUACAAGCCUGAGGAAAUUCGUUGGCAUGAAGUAGCAAAUGAAGGCGAAACUGGUAAAGUCUCGAGAGCAAAUUUUGUUGAUCGAUGUGGAAGGCCCGUCCUCAUUAUGAGACCUGGGAAGCAGAAUACUAAAACGGGUGAUGGCAAUGUCCGUCAUCUGGUAUAUCUAAUUGAGAAUGCGAUUCUAAACCUCCCAGAAGGCCAAGAACAGAUGUCAUGGUUGAUUGAUUUCAGCGGGUAUUCAAUGAAUGCCUCAAAUAUCCAGCUGAAAACAACUCGAGAUAUCUUGAACGUGUUACAGAACCAUUAUCCUGAAAGACUUGCCAUUGUCGUCCUCUAUAAUCCUCCAAAAAUAUUUCAAGCAUUCUAUAAGGUUGUGAGUUACUUCAUAGACCCAAAAACACAUCAGAAGAUCAAAUUUGUUUACCCAAACGACAAGGCUAGUACCGAGAUUAUGAAAUCGUAUUUCGAUACCGAAAACCUUCCGAGUGAGUUUGGGGGAAACCCUGGGUUGACUUUGAAGUAUGACCAUGAAGAGUUCUCUAAGUUAAUGGCUGAGGAUGAUAUAAAAAGUGGCAAGUUUUGGGAUUCUGAGACUCUCCAUGAUACCAAUGGUCAUUGUGUCGAACCAUAUGUAGGACCAGAAACGGCACCCAACCCUCUAGCCACAGCUAGCUAGCUAACAUUUCCUUCAACCUGAGAAAAACAAAUGUUUCAUAUAUGUACAAGAAGAUGCUGUUUUAUAUAUA